AUGCCUCCACCGGAGCAACCGCCCGCCGACGGGAGUGACCCCGGCUCAUCGGCACCCCCAGUGAACCUGACUAAAGCAGAGAAAAGGGCUAUGGAAGCCUACAGAUUUGACUCCAGUGCUCUUGAACGGGCCGCUCAGGCCGCUAAAGAACUGGAAAGAUCCAGGCAUGCCAAAGAGGCAUUGGAACUCAGCAAGUUGCAAGAGAUGACCAGACAGCAGGAGCAGAUGGCAAAAAUUAAAGAGUAUGAGGCGGCUAUUGAACAGUCUAAAAUUGAGCAGAGAAAAAUAGAUCAUGAAGAAAGAAGGAAAACACUACAGGAAGAGACAAAGCAGCAUCAGAUGAGGGCACAGUAUCAAGAUCAAUUGGCCAAAAAAAGAUAUGAGGAACAGUUGCUACAGCACCAGAGAUCCCAGGAGGAAGUUUUGAGAAAACAAGAAGAAAGUGUGGCCAAACAGGAGGCUUUACGGAGAGCCACUAUAGAACACGAGAUGGAACUCCGCGAGAAGAACAAACUAAAAGCUAUCGAGGCGGAAGCCAGGGCUAGGGCAAAGGCGGACCGCGAGAACAGAGACAUUACACUGGAACAAAUCCGACUGAAGGCUAUUGAGAACAGGACUACAAUUCUGGAGGGCAUCAAAACCGCAGGUUCGGUCAUUGGGACUGGUCUGAAUGCACUGGUGACAGACUGGGACAAGACUCUAGCGGCUGCCGGUGGUCUGUCGCUAUUGGCUUUAGGUGUAUACACUGCAAAGGGUGCCACUUCAGUCACAGCCAGAUUUAUUGAGGCGAGAAUAGGAAAGCCUACGCUAGUGAAUGAGACGUCGCGCUUCUCCAUCCUGGAGGCAGUGAAGCACCCAAUCCUGACGGUGUCCAAGGCUAUAGCCAGCUUCAGGAAGCCCUCGGACGCUUUGGCUGGCGUGGUGCUUGCGCCCAACCUGGAGAAGAGGCUGAGGGACAUCGCCAUCGCGACGAAGAACACCCGUCUAAACAAGGGCUUCUACAGGAACCUCCUCAUGUAUGGACCACCCGGUACCGGCAAGACAUUGUUCUCAAAGAAACUGGCCAAACACUCCGGCAUGGACUACGCAAUACUGACUGGUGGUGAUGUGGCGCCGAUGGGCAAGGACGCUGUCGCCGCCAUCCACAAGGUGUUCGACUGGGCUAACACCAGCAGGAAAGGCGUGCUCCUCUUCAUCGACGAGGCUGAUGCGUUCCUCAGGAAGCGCUCGUCGGAGCGGAUCAGCGAGGACCUGAGGGCCGCCCUCAACGCGUUCCUCUACAGAACCUCGGACCAGAGCAGCAGAAUCAUGCUGGUGCUGGCUUCUAACACUCCGCAGCAGUUCGACUCCGCCAUAAAUGACCGUCUCGAUAAAAUGAUAGAGUUCGGCCUCCCCGGCAGAGAAGAGAGGGAGCGGCUAAUAAGGCUCUACUUCGACAAGUUUGUCCUGCAACCAUCCUCCGAGGGUAAAAGGCGGCUGAGCGUCGAGCAGUUCGACUACGGCGCGCUGUGCGGCGUGCUCGCGGCGCGCACGGCCGGCAUGUCGGGCCGCGCGCUCUCCAAGCUGGGCGUCGCGUGGCAGGCGGCCGCCUACGCAUCGGACGACGGCCGCCUCACCGAGCGGAUGUGCGUCGAGAUAUGCGACGACGCGGUGGCCGACCACCGCCAGAAGAUGGAGUGGCUGUCUGAAGAGGAAAAGUCUAGAAGCAUGAUGCCUUACUUGUUGGACCUGCCACCUUUGGACCAGACAACCAGUGGAAAGGUUACCAUCACGGAACUGCCCAGCGGCGGUGAGGCGCCACCAAAGAGUAAAUCUGCACCCAAGAAGAGAUCCCCGAAAGACUUGGACCAGGAAAAG